UGACAUCAGCGCCCUCUUGAUGAAUUUAUUCUCGCAUUUGCGCGGGAAACCAAGCGGCGUGUGCAGGUUACUCGCGCUUGAAAUAUACUUUGGAACGAGAAUAUAAGAUUGUCGGAAUCUGUCAACCAUGUCGAGUCCAAUGAGACCGCCGAGGACUCCUGUCCCGCAGGAUGAUAAUGGCACGCCAAGACGACAGCCUCGGACUCCAACCUCUGCCAGAGCGCUUUCGAUUGCUGGAACACCUAGCACUGUUGGUUCCGCGUCUACGAGACAAGGUACGCCUCAGAGAAGACCAGACAAUCCGGUAGAUACUCCAUUGCGAUGGGGCAGUCGUCGUGCACAGGAAACCAUAGCACCAUCGUCAGAAGGUCCUUCCUCUGUGCCAUUGUCCUCUCCGAAAGCGCAAACAAGCCCUCUUGCUGCGGGUAUGAGCGAAGUAGAAUUGUCCUCUCCAUUGAAUUAUGGAACACCUAGUUCCUUGGUAUCAGUUCGUACUCCCCGCAGUGGUAUUAGAGGUACUCCUGUGCGACAGAGGCCAGAUGUUCAGUCUGAUAGACGUAUGCGACAAGUUAACUUGGCUGAAAUACCAGAAGAACCUAAUGUUCAAAGAACAUCAGAAACUGAGAAUGGUCCACAGUUGGUAAUUUGGGGUACAAAUGUUGUAGUGGAUCAGUGUAAGGAACAAUUUAAACGAUUUAUCUUGCGUUUUAUCGAUCCAGAAGCAGAGAAUGAUGAAUUGCCUGAGAACAUGAAUCUAUCAGAGCCACUUUAUUUGCAAAAACUCGAAGAGAUACAUUCGCUUGAGACACCUUUCUUGAAUAUAAAUUGUGCUCAUCUUGAGGCAUUUGACAAACAGCUUUACAACCGAUUGGUAUGCUAUCCUCAGGAAGUGAUACCCGCUUUCGACAUGACUGCGAAUGAAAUGUUCUUUGAGAGACAUCCUGCAGCGGUAUUGGAACAUCAAAUUCAAGUACGACCCUACAAUGUUACCAGAACCAAAAGCAUGCGUCUUCUGAAUCCAGAAGACAUAGAUCAAUUGAUCACGAUCACUGGUAUGGUCAUUAGAACAUCAAAUAUCAUGCCAGAGAUGCGAGAAGCAUUCUUCAAGUGUAUUGUAUGUUCUUUCACGACGACUGUGGAGAUCGAUAGGGGUCACAUAGCCGAGCCAACGGUAUGCACCCAUUGCAACAACAAUUACUGUUUUAACUUGAUACACAAUCGCAGUCAUUUCUCAGACAAGCAAAUGAUCAAACUGCAAGAAUCGCCGGACGAUAUGCCGGCUGGUCAAACCCCUCAUACAGUGGUGCUUUUCGCACAUAAUAAUUUAGUUGACGCUGUUUCACCAGGUGACAGAAUUUCCAUCACCGGUAUAUAUCGCGCGUUACCGAUACGCGUUAAUCCACGACAAUCUAAUGUACGUGCUAUUUAUAGAACGCACGUUGAUGUUGUCCACUUCAGAAAACAAGACUCGAAGCGACUGUACGAACAAGAAGACGACAAGCAACACGCAUUUCCACCAGAGAGAGUAGAAUUAUUAAAACUCUUGUCGCAAAAGGAAGAUGUAUACGAACGAUUGGCGCGACACAUUGCUCCCAGCAUUUAUGAAAACGAGGAUGUGAAGAAAGGAAUAUUGCUGCAAUUAUUCGGCGGGAUAAAGAAAAAACAGAAUAAAUCGGGCGAGAAACAUUUUCGGUCCGAAAUAAAUAUACUUUUAUGUGGAGAUCCGGGUACGAGUAAAUCGCAGCUACUACAAUUUGUCUUCAAUCUGGUACCGCGCUCACAAUAUAGCAGCGGAAAAGGUUCCAGCGCCGUUGGCCUAACUGCUUUCGUAACAAAAGACCCCGAAACUCGUCAAUUAGUAUUACAAACCGGUGCCUUAGUGCUAGCUGAUAACGGUAUCUGUUGCAUUGAUGAGUUCGAUAAAAUGAAUGAUAGUACGCGCUCGAUACUGCACGAAGUUAUGGAACAACAAACACUGAGUAUUGCAAAAGCGGGUAUUAUCUGUCAAUUAAAUGCGAGAACCAGUAUUUUGGCAGCGGCCAAUCCUUGCGAGUCGCAAUGGAAUAAAAAUAAAACAGUGAUAGAAAAUGUCAUGUUACCGCAUACAUUAAUGUCACGUUUUGACUUAAUUUUUCUCAUGCUGGAUCCUCAAGAUGAGAUAUUUGAUAGAAAACUCGCCAGACAUUUGGUAUCACUGUAUUAUAAAUCUGAUCUAGAGGAAGAAGAUGACAUUGUGGACAUGAGCAUUCUACGUGAUUACAUAGCUUAUGCUAAGGAACACGUUCAUCCUAUUCUCAAUGAAGAGAGCCAACAGAGAUUGAUCCAGGCUUAUGUUGAUAUGCGCAGAGUAGGAAGCGGUCACGGACAAAUCACAGCAUAUCCACGACAACUGGAGUCGCUGAUAAGACUUGCUGAAGCACACGCUAAGAUGCGAUUCAGCAAUAUAGUGGAGAUUGUGGACGUCGAGGAAGCUUGGAGAUUACAUCGAGAGGCGUUGAAGCAAUCGGCUAUCGAUCCACUAAGUGGCAAAAUCGAUAUUAGUAUCCUAACGACCGGCAUGUCGUUAGCUGCGAGAAAACGUAGGCAGGAAUUAGUGGAAGCAUUAAAGAAGCUCAUUAAAGGCAAAGAUAAGACACCGACGCUGAACUAUCAGAAAAUUUUCAUGGAAUUGAAAGAAUCAUCUAGUAUGUUGGUGACGCGAGAAAUGUUCGAAGACGCUCUGAAAGACUUGCAAGAUAACGGUGUUGUAAUUGUAACUGGCAAAAAUACCAUUCGUGUUUGUUAAACUUAUUUACAAUUUUUGAAUCGCCUUGCUUUUCGAAUAUUUCUCGAUUCGAGAUAUGCAGAUAACAUAUAAUUUAUUGGUACAUUCUAUAAAAGAUUAGUACUAAAUAUUUUUAUGAAAUAGA